AUGGCCGAUCCGCUUCUGUUCGAAGACACCUUCGCGAUCACCUCGAUCAAUGCUCAAAAGUAUGACCGCGUCUCGCGUUUGACCUGCACCUCCACCGAUGCCUCCACCACCUUUACGCUUGAUGUGAACUCCGAGCUCUACCCAUGCGCCGUCGGCGACUGGCGAGAGGUCAGCAUGGGUGAACAGACCCUUGCCAAUGACUACGACUACGUCUGCCACGGCAAGGUGUACCGGUUCGAGGAGGGACAGACCAAGGAUACCAUGGCCGUUUUCGUCUCAUUCGGCGGGUUGCUGCUCUACUUGGAGGGACCUUACAGGAAGCUUGCCCUUCUCAAGAUCGACCACGUUUACCUGCUUCUGAAGAAAUAG